AAUUUGGCUCCGGCUGCUGCUCAACAAUCAUCGCCAGCAGCGAUGGCAGCACGACUCCGUCAAGAGGCCUUUGAUGCACUGACCGUCGCCCUCCUCUCUGAUAUUGCCAACGUUGAGUUAGAUUUGGACGAGAUCUGUCAGUCGGUGCUUGUUCCGGGCCUUUUGGAUGAGAAAUCCUUGGGCCGUUUGUAA